CUGAUUGAUAAAUUGUAAACACAUUAGAAAAGUCCUUGAGAGAGACCUUAAGGCGACCCUACAUUCCUUUGCUAUUCAAUCCAGUUAUCUCGACGUCAAAGACUAUUUAUGUAUUUCUAAGUAAUAACUUAGCUUUUAGUUCUCAUAAUUUACAUACUGACUGUACUUUGUUUGAUAAAGUACCUUUUAUUUUGUAAAUUUAAUUUUAUAAAGAAUUACCAGAUAAUUAGUUCGUAAAUAAUAAAGUUUAAGAAAAGAUAAAGGAAAAUAAAUUUAUAAAAUUAAUGAAAGUCGCUCCUCGAACACUGGCUACACUGCACCAACAAUGUGAUUGUGAUCUGUGAUGAUCUGCAAGUGGGUUAGGAAUGUCUUGUUGAACUUGUUGACAUAUUUCUUCGGGGUUCCCCUCUUUUCAAGAAUGCUUAGAUCUACAUGUUUAUUUAAAGAGAAGCAGACGCAUGUGAUGACCCAAUGCGAACUCGGUUUUGGGAGGUAGACAUUAAAUGGCUGGUAACAUGUCCAACAUUGUCAACAAAGCUCCAAUUGUUGUGAAGAAGGUAGAGAGUGGUUUAGCUCCACCAAGAUACCAGCCGCCACCCCAGCCCAUCAGGCAACACCAUGUACCUGGCAUAAGCGACCCAGCGCAGCUGUAUAAGAAUCAGAUAACACAUAUUGACAGAAGGGAACCCGAUAAUACUAGAGUUCUUCAAGCGCAGUACUGUGUUUCACCACCACCUACGGUGCAGCCACAUCAAGAUAUGCUAAAGUUUGUUAGAAAACCUGAUGCUGAAGCAGCCAGAAUCGCUGCUGAACAGUCAAGAAGAGUAGCUGCCGAGAUGCGUGGGCUAAAAGAAGCAAACCAACGGCUCAGUGAUGAUAACCAAGAACUGCGAGAUUUAUGCUGUUUUCUCGACGAUGAUAGGCAGAAAGGCCGCAAACUUGCUAGAGAAUGGCAGCGAUUUGGGAGAUAUACUGCCAGUGUGAUGAGGCAAGAAGUUUCAGCAUACCAGAAUAAGUUACGGGAACUUGAUUCCAAACAGCAAGAACUAAUAAAAGAUAAUCUCGAGCUAAAGGAGUUGUGCCUCUAUUUAGAUGAAGAGAGGAGUGGCCUCUGUAGAUCGUGCGGAGCUUCGCUGCGAAGGGAUGACGGCGACGGUUCAAGUUCUUCCACCAAUCCUGACGAAGCUGCCCCACAGAGCACUUUCCGGCCUCUGUCCCAGCAGUCUACUGCUAAUGAUACUCCACAAAUGUUAGAGUACAUUCAACGUCUUGAAAGCCGAAUCAAGUUCCUCGAAGAUGAAAAUAGGAGUCUUCAUCAGAAAUUAGGAACUCCCGUCUCAUCUUGGGAUCAGGAAGUCCUUUCACCUCCUCAAAGUGUAGUUCAAGCGUUACAAGUUUUAGAAGUGAGGGAAAGGUUGGAAACUCCGGAAACUGGUGGAACUGCCAUGGAUAUCGGAGAGAAAGCAUUAAUAAGAGAGAUGUGUAAUGUCGUUUGGAGAAAGUUAGAAGAGGGACCUAACGCUAGGAGAUGAAUCUCUUCACGCUGUAACAAUCAAAAAAUAUAGUAAUGGUUGAUAAAAGUUCCUACCAGGUGCCUCUCGGAAGCUCAGAGAAAGUACCUUCGCUACAGUAUUCAUAUCAGGGUAUUUUUACUUGUGCAGUGAGAAAUUCCGUCCAGUUUUUUUUUUUUUUUUAUAUUUCACUAAGAUAUAAUGUAAUAUAUAAAUGUUUUUUUUAAUGUAAUUAUCAUUAUAUAAUCAAGGAAUGAGAAUUGAUUAUUUGUUUUGAUCUUCGUUAAUUGGAACUAAUCCAUUUUUAAAUAUAAAUUUUUGUUAAAAUCAAGUAUUUUAUGUGUCAGUAUUGUAUGACGUUACUAUGAAGCAAAUUAAAUGUUAAAAUUUAAUUUAUAAAAAUUUAAAAAUCAAAUUGAAAUUUUAACUUUUAUGUUAAUUUUUUUU